UAAGGGAGAGAAAUCUUAGGGAACCAAAUCAGUCUGCAGAUAAUUUCAUAAAAAUAAAAAAAUAAUUAAGAAAUAACCAGUUAAUUGUAUUCCUAGGACCAGAAUACGAAACAAACAGGCUAGGUAGGCAAUGGCCGACUAUGCACCUACACAUACGGAACUACAACAUUUUAAAAUAUUGCUUUCAGCAUUAGAACAAGGCUCAUAUCAUUAUAAAGUGCGAACCCUCAAAAUUACAGAAUCAAAUGCACGAUGUCCUGUUGAUUUUUCCAAUGCAUCAAUCUUCUUUGAGCGGGAGCAGUCUCCACCAUUUGCAUUAGGAACACUUUUCCGAAAGGCUCAUAAAAUUCUUAGUGACUAUAUCGAAUCUCCAAAUCGAAAUAGACCUACUAUUCCGGAAGAUCCAGAUUGCAGAAAAGCCUUGGAUUUAUUGCUGAAAUUUCUACAAAAUAUUGACAAAGUUUCAGAAUCUUUGACUGAUGCUAGUUCAAGAAGUGGCCAAGAGUGUAGAUGGAUUUUGAAGUUGGCACAGCAUGUCUUCUCACAGCUUUCCCUCAAUCCAAAGUACAAGUAUGAUAUUUCGGAAGAAUACAGCGCAACACUUCGAUGUCAGUGUCCAGGAAAAGAUACUGUUAUUGGAGAUAAAUGUGAAACUAGCUUUGGAUUGGAAAAUGGCUGGCAUGGAAAGGCUGAUAUAAUAAUGACAGAUGUACCGGUUUGUGAAGUUAGUGGUUCCACAGAUGUCGGUGAUGGAAGAAGUACACCUUCUGAAAGACCAAGUAGUAUUUUCGGUAGUGAAACAGAGUCAAACAGAAGUAUUGAACUUAUAAGUGAUGAGAAAUUUUCAUACCAUAAUUACAGUCAGAUUGCAGCAGAAACAAUAACAUUUUCUUUUUUGAGAAAUAAAACUGCAAAGAAUGAAGUCACAUUGGUACCAUCAAUAGCUGUAAAUAAAAGAUGCAUUCAGGUUCAUUUUUAUGAUUCAGUAAAUGAUGUUUUUCUCCAGUCAGGCAUUGUACCAUUAACAGACCCAGGAGAUCCUAAAAGUACCAGAUUGAAUACAUUUGCAGUCUGUCUGAUCUGGUUGGUCUUGAACCACAAUUUAUUCUGUACAGGAGUUGAGAAAAUAAUGAAAAGGUCAGGAUUUCAUUCACUUGUAGAUGUUGAUAUUUUCAGUAACGAAGUUAAGGCACCUUGUAAUUUAGAAAAGAUCUCUUGUCAGAAGUGGCUUUCAGAUGAAGAAUGGCCUGAUUCUGUAAGUGUGAUCAUGAUGUAAAAUUUCUAAAUACCCAUUUUCAAAAUGGGACAAUCACAUAUGGGAUCACCCAUUGCAGGGUGGCAGCAUUCAGUGUCCACUCCCUUAACUUGAGCAAUUCCUAUCCAAUCUUUCCCAAUUUCAGUUAGAAUGUAAAUGAGCAUUAUGUCUCAGCCAAGUUGGAGAACAAGUCAGAACACCUCAGAAACUCUGGAGUUAUGACACUUUCAUUGCCAAAAUUUGACCGAAUUGGCACUGUCAGCUCUCUGACUUGAAAAAUUCUUAUCUAAUCUUUAUCAAACUUCUUCAGAAUGUUUGUGGGAAUUAUGUCUUGGCCAAAUUUGAUAACCAGAGAGUUUGCCCCAGACACUUUACUGUAAUGAUAUAGGAAAAUGUACACAUUAAAAAUGGAAGGAAUGCAUUUAUUUGACAUAUUGUAUGUAAGGUGUGAAUAUUAGCUAAUUAAUGUUCUUACAAGUGUUGUCAGAUCAAAGUCUUAAAUUACAAGCAAUUAAUGAUACUGAUUUGUGGAUUUAUUUUUAUGAUAAACAUGAUGACAGUCACCUUAAUGGUGUAAUCAGGUCAUUUUGUUUUUGUUUCAGUUAUUUGGUGGUUUGAAACAUGGCAAUUUAAAAUUAGGCAACAUUUUCUUUUCAUGUAUUGCUUUUUCAAUUUAAUAUAGUACAGACUUACCGUAGGCCCUCUUUACACAUUAUAAGUUAUAUUUGAUAUUUUAGAUAAUAUCUCAGUCUAAAACUUAUUACAUAUGUAAUGUUUAAUGUAAUAUGAAAAUUGUUAACUUAAAACAGAGUAAGUGUCAUGUCAUAAUCAUUAAAUAAAGAAAAAUAACAGGUAUUGGA